UUUGGGUUGAUGGGUCAAAGGUGUACAGAUGGGUUUGGCUGAGUUACCCGCGUGCCCUACUCUUCUUCUCCCCCGACCCUGUGCACUCGACGAGCCCACCCCGUCACCGCCACCCAUUUCCGGCCGGAAAUCCGGCAAACUUGGGGGUUUUCUCCUUCUUUUCUUGUUCUUGAACCUAGAAAUAUCCCCCUCCCUUCUGCAGAUUUUCAGAUCUGCUCUGCUCUGCUCUGUCCUUCUGCGAGCAGCUUUUGCCAGUGGAGUGCUUCCCAGUUUUCUGGUUUGCCGUGAGUUCCUCCAUUCCUCUCCCCGUCGGCUUCCUUCCCAGCCGGAUCCGGUGCUGCUCGCCGAAGUUUCCUGGUAUGAUGGACAGCCUUUUUAUCAUGCCUAUUUGGGAAUUGACGGAACUGUUUUGAUGAACUGAGAGUUUGCAAAUUCUGAGUUUUUUGUUAAAUCCAUGGUCACAUGGAAAUUUUCUGGUUUGUUUCUGAGAUUUGAGAUUGAUUGUGAAUUAUGGAUUUUUGGAAAUCCUGCAUGGUUUUGUCUCGGAUAUAGUCAUGAUUACUGACGCCCGCUAGUGGGAGCUAUAAACGCUAGCACAUGUCGACAUGUAUUUCUGUAGAACCGGUUCGUCCUGCCAAUGGGAUAAAACAUUGGCACCAUUACUGACGCCUGCCAGUGGGAGUGUGUUAAACACUUGCACCAUUACUGACGCCUGCCAGUGGGAGUGUGUUAAACACUGGCCAUGACUUAUAGAUGAGACUACUGAACUGAGUUUUAUUCUGCAUGAACGGUUUGUCAUGAAUGCUUUGCAAUUGAACUGAAUCUGAUUUUGUCACUGAGCGUUUUGGUUAUAUUAAACUGUUUAUCUGGCAUGCUUAAAAGUUUUACCCCAGGGCUAUCCAUAUUUACUUACUGAGUUAUCUCAUAGUUUUCCUUGUCCACCAUUUCAGGAAUCGAAACCGAGGACGGGGGAAACCAAGGGGAGUGACGAGUUAGAAGGCUAGCCACCUGUAAUUUGAUAUAGAUUAUGAUCCUGUAAGUUAGAGUGUAUUUGGAGAUUUUAUGAUAUCAGAGCAGAUUGUAAAAAUUUUAUCUUGAGAUUUGGUGGUAUCAGAUGUGAUUUGGAUAAGUUCCGAGCCUUGUGCAUUUGUGGGACCCUCUCACGAGUGCACGGCGUCUGUCGCGCCUCGAAUUCGAGUUUUGGGGCGUGACAUAUACAGUGGUUUUGGUAAAGCUUCAUCGGUUCUAAUGGUGGACUGAAAACUGCUUAUUUCUAAGAAUUCCUUCAGCCAUAGAAAUACCAUUUUUUAAGGGAAUAAUUGAGUGCAGCUAGA